AACAGAUCAAUCAGAUCAAGGAAAAAUAAACAGAAUUAUGAAGACAAAGACUAGCAUCUUCCAAUUUAUUGUAGCAUCUGUCCUUACUCUGCUCAUCAAUGACUCAUCAGCAGCAACACCUCCACCUCCAAUUAGCAAUUCUUCAACGUCUUGUAACAAAACCUGUGGAGGAAUCUCGAUCCCGUUCCCAUUCGGAAUUGGCGGGAAAGAUUGUUAUCUCAACGGUUGGUACGAGGUUAUCUGCAACACAACCACUUCCGAUUCUAACACAACUGUUCCUUUACUCUCUAUGAUCAAUCGGGAAGUGGUGAAUAUCUCUCUCCCAGACAGUAACGAACCAUACGGACUUGUUCAAAUCAAAGGUCCUGUGACAUCGUUGGGUUGUUCUAGUAAUACUAGUGAAGGACCCCAAAACUCGCUCCCGGUUUUGAAUGUCACAGGUAAGGGCAGCCCAUAUUUCCUGACCGACGAGAACCGUCUUGUGGCGGUUGGUUGUGGUAUAAAGGCAUUGAUGACAGAUACAGAAUCAGAGAUCUUGGGUUGUGAAUCGAGCUGCGAACACAGAAAGAGUGGUGAAGAAGUAACAAAUUUGAUCUGUACUGGUUACAGAUGCUGCCAGGCGAGGCUACCGGUGGGGCGUCCUCAGGCUAUAACCGUAAAUAUAGAGAACUCUAGUGGAGGAGAAGAAACGUGCAAAGUUGCGUUCUUGACGGACAAGAGGUAUUCGCCGUCUAAUGUUACAGAGCCAGAACAGUUUCAUAACAAUGGAUAUGUGGUGCUAGAGUUAGGAUGGUACUUUGCCACUUCGAACUCUCGCUUUAAGAGCCUCUUGGGUUGUACAAAUAUGAGCCGAAAAGGUUCUGGGUUCUCGGAUGAUAAUUGCAGUUGCGAGUAUGAUUACUUCUCCGGGAUGAGUUAUAGGAAUUGUUAUUGCGACUAUGGCUACACAGGGAACCCAUACCUUCGAGGUGGCUGCGUAGAUACUGAUUCAUGCGAAGGAAAUCACAACUGUGGGGAAGAUGCUCAUUGUGUUAACAUGCCUGGACCAAUGUCCAUGUGCAGGCCUAACCCCAAGAUAACCAAACCUACCAAACCCCCGGUGCUUCAAGGCAUUCUUAUAGGUUUGUCAGGAUUAGUAUUUUUUGUUGGGCUAUUCUGGCUAUUUAAACUCAUAAAGAAGCGAAGGAACAUCAACCGCAGCAAGAAGUUUUUCAAACGGAACGGAGGCUUGCUGUUGAAACAACAAUUAACUACAAAGGACGGAAAUGUAGAAAUGUCUAAGAUUUUCAGUUCAAAGGAGUUAAGAAAAGCCACUGAUAACUUCAGCAUAGAUAGAGUGCUUGGGCAAGGCGGUCAAGGCACUGUGUACAAAGGAAUGUUGGUAGAUGGGAGCAUCGUUGCGGUUAAAAGAUCCAAAGUUGUGGAUGAAGACAAAAUGGAAGAGUUUAUCAAUGAGAUUGUUCUUCUGUCACAAAUCAAUCACCGCAACAUUGUGAAACUCUUGGGAUGUUGCUUGGAGACAGAAGUUCCAAUCUUGGUGUACGAAUAUAUUCCCAAUGGAGAUCUGUUCAAGCGGCUUCAUGAUGAAUCUGAUGAUUACACCAUGACUUGGGAAGUGCGGCUUCGCAUAGCCAUAGAGAUAGCAGGAGCUCUUACAUACAUGCACUCAGCUGCAAGUUUUCCAAUAUUCCAUAGAGAUAUUAAGACUACCAAUAUCCUACUGGACGAGAAAUACCGAGCCAAAGUGUCUGACUUUGGAACUUCAAGAUCAGUAACCUUAGAUCAAACUCACUUGACAACAUUAGUUGCAGGAACUUUUGGUUACAUGGAUCCAGAGUACUUCUUGUCAAGCCAAUACACUCACAAGAGCGAUGUUUAUAGUUUCGGGGUCGUCUUGGUGGAGCUCAUAACCGGAGAAAAACCAUUGUCCCGUGUCCGGUCUGAAGAAGGUAGAGGCUUGGCAACUCAUUUCCUCGAGGCCAUGAAAGAGAACAGAGUGAUUGACAUAAUUGAUAUUCGGAUCAAAGACGAAAGCAAACUGGAGCAAGUAAUGGCGGUAGCAAAACUCGCCAGAAAAUGUCUUAACCGGAAAGGGAAGAACCGGCCAAACAUGAAAGAGGUUUCAAAUGAGCUAGAGAGGAUCCGUUCAUCACCCGAAGAUUUAGAUGUCCGUACCGAAAACGAAGACGAAGAAGAGGAUCAACCAAUGGCAAUCAACAACAAAAGAUGAUUCUUGAACCGCGUUCAUCAGAUUUUCUGAGAACAUCUGUAUAUAUACAAAAAAAAAACUAAUGCUCAUUUUGUUUGCUAGGAGGAGUAAUUAUAAUGCGUGUUAGUAAGUGUAAAAACCUCUGUACCACUAUUUUUUUUCUCUUCAAAAUCUAGGGUUUCCAAUGAAGAAAACAAAACGGACAAAGUAAAGAUUUGGGGAUCGUGAUUCGUAACGAUUUCGGAAGCUUCCUUGGUCACUUCGGCUGAUGAAAGAGAGAUUUGUGGGCCAGAUAACACUUUACGCGUCCAAGUUUUGAUUUCUUCAGAAAGUGGGACUCAAAGAGUUCAUGUCAGAUUGUCAGCUACCAGCUACCAACGUCACAUUACUUGCACACUUGUACAUUAGAAGACUAAUUCUGCCAAAUGUUCAUACGUCAUUGGUCAUAAUCCAAGAGAGUCAAACAUGAAAUUCGUUGACUCUUAAUAAG